UUUCACCCUUUUUUAGCGCGUUUUGAGGCGCAGCGAGCGACACGCGAACUAAACGCGGAACGGCGACACAAACAAAGAGAAGUCGGCUCGCUGCUUCUCUCCGGCGACCACAGAAGCUCAAUAGCAGAAGAGUUUUUAUGAGAAAACAUUACUUUUCAAGCUCCAGUUGGAUUUCAGUAUGCCGAACAACAAAAAGAGAUCCCCGACGCACCAUGGGGGCAACCACCACAGCAGCAGACCCAGGCACAGUGAGCUCGUGUACAACCCAGCGUUUUCCUCCUACCAGGGAGAGAGGAUGCUUCACUUCUACCGCUGGACGUCACCGCCUGGAGUAAUGAAGAUAUUGUGUCUCAUCAUCAUCGUCCUGUGCGUGGCCGUGUUUGCUUGUGUGGCCUCCACAUUGGCCUGGGACUACGACAUCGACUCCAUAGGUUUGGGAGGUGGCGCUGGCUUGAUACCAGGUUAUGGCGGCUCAUCGGGUGGCUCAUAUGGCGGCGGUUUUGGCGGCUCAUAUGGAGGCGGCGCUGGUGGCUCCUAUGGAGGCGGCGCUGGUGGCUCUUAUGGAGGAGGCGCUGGUGGCUAUGGCGAAACAGAAUUGAGUCCUGCGGCCGCCAAAGGCUUCCUCAUCGCCAUGGCUGCCAUAACCUUCAUAGCUGCGCUCAUCAUAUUCGUGUUGGUCAUUUCGAGGCAAAAUGCGGCCCGCUCACCAAAGUUCUACCUAGCAACCAUCAUCAUCUGUGCCAUCUUGGCAUUUCUGAUGAUCAUCGCCACGAUUGUGUACCUGGUGUCGGUGAACCCUACAGCCCAGUCCACAGGGUCCGUCUACUACAGCCAGGUCCAGCAACUGUGUUCCCAGUAUCAGACCCAGAGCCAGGCCCAGGGUAUCUUCCUCAACCAGUACCUCUACCAUUACUGUGUGGUGGAGCCGCAGGAGGUCAUAGCUAUUGUCCUUGCCAUCCUGGUGUUUGUUGCCCUCAUCAUCCUGCUGGUGUUUGCAGUAAAGACUCGCACCAACAUCAGGCGCUGGGGGCAGGAUCGCAUACUCUGGGAUGAAUUGACGGUUGUCAAUAAUGGUCUCCAAAACAGUGUCGGGGAUUGGGUGAGCAAAGUGUCAGGUAACCCAGAGGUGCUGCUGAAUGGGGCUAAUCACGGAGGGAGGGGGUCCAGGGACUAUGUGGACCAGCUGGACCACAGCAAGCCUCUCUACCUGCCAGGCGACUCGGACAUCAGCAGCUCUGUGGGAGGCCCCAAGCCCCGGCUGAGAGACUACGACACUGCUGUGGAGUCUGGAGAUGACCUGGAGGAGGAGGACUUCAAUGUUUUGUUUCCACCCAUUGUGGAUGAGCAAGAGCGUCUGAACUACAAACGUGAGUUUGACCUGGAACAUCAGGAGUACAAGAGCCUGCAGGCCGAGCUGGAAGGCAUCAACCAGGACCUGGCUGACCUGGACCGGGAGCUGGACCGGCACCCCGAGGGCAGUGCCCCGUACCUGGACGCCUUGGACAAACACAGCAGGCUGAAGAAUCUCAAGAAGUCCCCACAUUACCAGGUUAAGAAGAACAGGUGUAAAUAUCUCCGGUCCAAACUGUCCCACAUCAAAAGGAGGAUCAGCAACUACGACCGCCGGCCAUGAACUUCCACCUCUGACCCCCCCACUAACUAACUAUUCACACUUAUGCAAUGGUUUUUUUAUUUACUAUUUUACGAAGUUGGAAAGUCUGAGAUGUUAAAUUAGAUGGGUAUGUGUCAGUACUCUUAUGAAGCCGCUUCUUUUGUAGCCUUUUAAAAUAUAAUGUUUUCUAGUUUCAUGUAGAAUGAAGGAAGAGCUGACACGAGACACGUGAAUGUGCUGAGCACCAUUGAGUUGCUGACAAGCCGUUGUAAAUAUGUGUAUUUCUAGUACAUUUUUCUCCACUAUUUGUUCUUAUUAUAGAUCUUAGACAUUGGGCUAUUAAAAGGAAAUGAAUAAACGAUGGCUGGGUUCGCUUUAGGUGCACCGCGUCAAAAGAAGAUGAACACAUUUUCAAUAGUCUAUAUACUUUUAUCCAGCACAUCUUGAUGAAAUUGAUUGUUUUGCUGUUUUACUCAACUGAUGUAUGUAAAAGGUGGUUUAGUUUGCAACCACAAAGUUCCUUCUGCCAGUGGUAAUACAUUUUGGAGAAAGCAUGUUUACAAGAUUUCAAUAAAGAAAAGUGAUCAAUAA